UUGCAUGUGCAGUAAAGUCGGUAACGUAGAGCAGUGCUGUGUCUGUGAUCGUCUCAUUGAGGGCGCAGGAGGUGCAGGGUGUUAUUUCAUGGAUCUGGUUUUUGUGCGGACGCGCGUUCAGAGUGCGCUCCUGCUCCUGCUGCGGAAGCAACAAUUUAUUUUUGGCAUCUGACAUUAAAGCUCACCCUUUGCGAUGGCAGCGGCCCCAUGAAGCCGCCACAGCACCGAGGGUUGACUGGACCUCUUUGUUCGCCCUCUACUGAGUGAUAAUGAUGGACCCCCUUUUAUAACAGGGACUGAACAGCACGGGACGCGGCAACCUGUUGUGAGCUGAAAGAGGAAGAGCGGUUUUGAAACCUUGGUGGUGAACCAGCAUCGCAGCCAUCAUGACCAAAGAGGAGGAGAUCCCUGACUGGGUGGGAGCCCAGGAGUUCUACGACAAGUAUGAGCCCAAGGAGAUUCUGGGAAGGGGAGUGAGCAGUGUGGUGCGUCGCUGCGUUGAUAAACGGACGUCUCAGGAGUACGCGGUGAAGAUCAUCGACAUCACCCCCUCAGACAAGAUGACUCCGCAGGAGAUCGAGGAGAUCAGAGAAGCGACGGUGAAGGAGAUCGACAUCCUCAAGAAAGUCUACGGACAGGACAACAUUAUACAGCUCAAAGACUGCUACGAGUCCAAAGCCUUCUUCUUCCUGAUUUUUGACCUGAUGAAGAGGGGUGAACUUUUUGACUAUCUCACUGAGAAAGUUACCCUGAGUGAGAAGGAAACCAGGAAGAUCAUGCGCGCUCUGUUGGAGGUGGUCAAGUUUCUCCAUGACCAGAACAUCGUCCACCGGGACCUGAAGCCUGAGAACAUCCUGUUAGACGACGAGAUGAACAUCAAACUCACGGACUUUGGCUUCGCUGUGCAAGUCAAGCCGGGACAGAAGCUCAAAGAGGUGUGUGGGACCCCUGGUUACCUCGCUCCAGAGAUCAUCGAGUGCUCCAUGGACGCAGGGCACGCAGGAUAUGGUACUGCUGUGGACAUAUGGAGUUCAGGGGUCAUCAUGUACACGCUGCUUGCAGGCUCUCCGCCCUUCUGGCACAGGAAACAGAUGCUGAUGCUGCGUAUGAUCUUGGCUGGGAACUAUGACUUCUCAUCUCCAGAAUGGGAGGACCGCUCAGACACUGUGAAAGAUCUGAUCUCUCGGAUGCUGGUGGUGGACCCAAAACAGCGAUACACAGCUACCGAUGUUCUCAACCACUCGUUCUUUUCACAGUAUGUGGUGGAUGAAGUACGACAGUUCAGUCCAUACAGGCGCUUCAAGGUCAUUUGUAUGACUGUUCUCGCCACAAUGAGAAUCUACUGCAACUACCGCCGUGCCAAGCCGGUCACCAAGGAGGUGAUCAAGAGCGACCCGUACGCUGUCAAGCCGAUCCGCAAGCUCAUCGACGCAUGUGCUUUCAAGAUCUACGGCCACUGGGUCAAGAAGGGCCAAACUCAGAACAGAGCAGCACUUUUCGAGAACACUCCCAAAGCCAUCCUGCUGUCGAUAACUGCUGAGGCCGACGAGCCAGUCCAGCACAUCUGGUAACGAGCACUUCAGGAUCGACCCGCUGGAGCUUAAUGGAGAUGCACUUCUACACUGUUUACCUUCUCCUGUUGUAUAGAAGAAAUGAACUGGUAAGCCACUACUACCACCAGGCACCAGGUUGAUUUGUCUUUAAUGUGGAGAGUUAUGUUCAUGAAUUUUGAAUACUGUAAAAUAACAGAUUUACUGGCAAAAUGUAGAGAAAAUAUUUAAUUUUAAAUGAACCCACUCUCUCCUGAGUUCUUUGAUUACCAUUUUUCAAACGUGGAUACAAGGUUUCCACUUUAUAUUUUACUGUAUGAAAUACUAGAAUAUAUAUUUGAAUUUUAAAUGUUUGAAAUCAAGAGUGGUUCUAUAAGUGAUGCCCUGCAGCGAUGGGUUACUCUUUUCCUUACAAAAGUGUUUUGUCAGAACUGUGAAGCAUCGUCUUAGCAGCCCAAAGCAAAACGUGUUAAAAAAAAAAAAAAACAGCCUACAUAAUUUAGCUGACUGGUAUAUAAAACAGUGAACCUGCAUACUUGAAUUGGCAUGGACUUAAUUGUUUGCGUACUGCGUGGCUGUAGAUCCUUAUGCAGGAUGUACAUUACUGUACUGAACUACUUAUUGUACUGGCAGCAGUUUCAAGGGAAGUUUUAAAGACGAUAGCACUUUAAAAUGUAUGCUUUGGAUUUAUUUAUUAAAAUGUGCAUUUAAUUUAAA